UGUCAGCAACAACAAUCAACGUGAGCGAGCAGUGUUACGAGCACACAGAGCAGUUAUGGACUGGAUUGUUGUGAGCGAAUGAAUUGAUGAUGAGCGAGGGUCGCAUGGAAGAUGGCAAGGACGAAGACGAUGGGGGUAGCGGGGGCAUGGUGGUUGUGGUGCUGGGCUGCACUGGCGUUGGGAAGACGAAGCUGUCCAUUGCGUUGGCACAGGAGCUGGACGGCGAAGUCAUCAACUGCGAUGCCAUGCAGAUGUACAAAGGGCUGGACAUCAUCACGAACAAGGCGACGCCGGAAGAGAUGAGCAACGUGCCACACCACCUGUUGGGGAUGCUGCCACCCUUGGCGGAGAGCAACGUCGUGGAGUUCAACCAGCGGGCUCAGCGCGUGAUCACGAGGCUGCACCAGCAGAACAAGAUGCCCAUCUUGGUUGGCGGCACACACUACUACAUCGAGACUGUGCUGACAGCUGCGGCCAGCGCUGGCCCACCCAAGGACGCGCCGCAACAGACGGCCCACUCUACACCGCAGGCGGAUCGGGUCGCCUCACUGAGCGACGAGGAAGCCUACGUCACACUCAAGACAGUGGACCCCAUCAUGGCCCAGCGGCUGCAUCCACACGACCAGCGCAAAGUGCGACGGGCGUUGACGGUGUUCUACGAGACGGGGCGUCGCCAGAGCGACGUGAUCAAGGAGCAGUCACAUCGCCGCUCCCUCUUGCGCCACACACCAUGCCUCUGCUUCUGGAUUGAUGCGCAGCAGGAUGUGCUUGAUGCCAGGUUGGAUGCGCGCGUGGAUAGCAUGGUGGCUGGCGGAUUGUUGGAGGAGGUGCUCUCGUUCCUCCACUUUCUCCAGCAGCACCCCGCACAGCCACAACCGCAGGAAACACAAUCACAACGGGCGCACAGCUACUCACAGUCACACUUGCAGCCGCAGGCACAGCCACACGAAUCACAGCCAGCAUCGCAAGCCCGUUUGCGGCAGCCAAGUGACCAUGAUGAUUGUGAUGAUGGUGAUGAUGGUGAUGAUGGUGAUGAUGGUGAUGAUGGUGAUGGGGGUGGUACGGCGAAGAAGGCAAAGCAAGAAGAGAGGAGACAUGUUGUAACUGAAGUGGGAGAGACGCAAGAGGGAGAAGGGAGCCUGCAGCAAGCGGCGGUGAUGAAGGUGACUGACGACCGGCAAUUGCAGCACCACACCGCCCUGGGCGACGACAGGUUUGAGCACGGGCUGUUGCAGGCGAUUGGUCUCAAGGAAUUCCGACCGCUGUAUCACGCGUUGAUAGCCGCUGGAUGGCAGCCAGAGGCGCACACGCAGCGAGCAGGAGCGGCUAAGCGCGCAGCAGCGAUGAUGGAGCAAGCAACCACGACACCGGUAACAACGGUACCAGCAGCAACAGCGGUAACAGCAGCAACACCGCAAACAGCUGCGCCCACAACAGCUGCAACAACAACAGAGCAGGCUGCUGUCACUGAAGCGAGGGCAAGCGACGUGCCUGGCGGCGCAAGUGGCGGUGUCGAGUGCGUUCCAGUGCUCACGCCAGCGUGCAUUGCGCGUGCACAUGUCCUCAUUCACGGCGAGCAAGGAGCGAUGGUGCCGCACCGUGACAACGCUGACGCGAAGGAGAGUGGCAAACGCGAGGACUGUGCGGUGCGUGAGCAGGAGCAGUGGGGACCUGCACAGCGGGGCGUGCGUGACGUUUAUCAUCGCUGUUUGGAGGACAUGAAGCGACGGACGCGCCAGUAUGCACGCAAGCAGACGCAGUGGAUCACGAACCGCUUCUGUCGGGAGCGGCCUGGGCUGUAUGUGUACAAGCUGGAUGGGACUGAUGUUGGACGGUGGCACGAGACGGUGAUGGAGCCUGCAAUGGUGGUGUUGCUACAGUACCGCGCGUCAGGGGAGCCACCGCCUGGCGUGUCACUGCAGCAGCACAUGUCGGAUGCAGCCCGCCUCAAAGCAUGGACCAAGCACCACUGCGACCGCUGCAACCAGACCCUGAAUGGCGAUCAUGAAUGGCAGGUGCAUUUGAAGUCGCGCAAGCAUCGCAAACGUGGUGGCAAGAAGAAGAAGCUCUACCCACAAACAGGACACCAACCACCACAACCAUGACACGACAACAAACGACAACAUCCAAACCACUGAUGAGUCAUCACGUUGUGUGGAGUGCCGACAAGUUAUGGAAGACAUUAAUAAAACGCUUCGUCAGCAU